GCCUUAGUGCUCGAUGGAUGGAGUCUGCUAGCUGGUUCACAGGCUAGCAAAUUUAUUCCUGAUUUUUGUGAUCAACAAUAAACAAGAAUGAGUACCUCCGAUAAUCCAGAAAUCCAGUGGGCAUUGGAUCUAUUGUCCCCGGAUCCGCUUUAUCAAGAAAAUUUCAUUUCUAAAAAUUACCAUUGGAUUACCUGGCCUAUAUUCACUGUGGGAGGGACACUAUUCCUCAAUUACAUUCAAUCCAGACCCUUUUACGCCAGUAUGCCAAGACAUGGUCUUGCUCUGGGUAUCGGUCUAACUUUAGCUAAAGUAUUCCGUGAUGCAAAAUACCAUCGAGAAGCUGAGCGAGAUGCAGUUCUGAGACAUUACAUUAAGUUACAUCCAGAAGAUUUUAUUGAACCAGAGAGAAAAACAUGGAAUGAUGUUCUUGAAGCAUGGUACCCUUGCCGCUAAGUUUGUUAAAACAAUUGGUGUAGAUCAUUAUCUCAUUAAUGUGUAAAUAUGAAUGAUUUUGAAAAAAUUAAGAUAAAAAUAAAGUUACUAGU